CAUAUGGUUGUUUGCUGAAUUGCUGGUCAAAAUUAAUUAUAGUCAAAUAUAUUGAAAAUGAAGCUUUUUCACCAGUUAAGAAAAUAUGCAACUUCAAAUGCACGAAGAAGAGUCGUGGUUACCGGUCUAGGCGUAGUUAGCCCACUAGGUUGUGGAACGAAAUUAGCAUGGAAUAAUCUUUUAAAAGGUCACUGUGGGGUUGUAUCUCUUCAAGGGGAGGAAUACUCUAAAUUACCCUGUAAAGUUGCCGGUCUAAUACCGACGCAAGAAGGUGAUGAUGUUACAAAGGCACUAUCUAAAUCCAAUUUAAGAUCAAUGGCUCCGGCUACUUGUUUAGCUCUUUUAGCUACAUCAGAAGCAUUAAAAGAUGCUAAAUGGAUACCAGAGUGUGAUGAAGACAAGGAGAGCACCGGUGUUGCAUUAGGGAUUGGAAUGAUAGACUUGAAAGACGUUUGCGAUACAAAUGAUGCUCUAAAAUUAGGUUACAAUAAAGUUAGCCCAUUUUUUGUACCAAGAAUAUUACCUAAUAUGGCAGCAGGUCACAUAAGUAUAAAGUAUGGGCUCAGAGGCCCGAACCAUACUGUUUCAACAGCUUGUGCAACAGGUGCUCAUUCAAUAGGGGAUGCUUUUCGGUUUAUCAGGAAUGGAGACGCUGAUGUGAUGGUGUGCGGAGGAGCAGAGUCCUGUAUUAGUCCUUUAGCUAUUGCUGGCUUUUGUAGAUUACGAGCUCUCAGUACUGCCUUCAAUGAUAUGCCCGAGCAAGCCUCAAGACCAUUUGACAAAAAGAGAGAUGGAUUUGUAAUGGGUGAAGGUGCUGCUGUAUUAAUCUUAGAAGAGUAUGAACAUGCUGUUAAGCGAAAUGCUAAAAUGUAUGCGGAAAUAUUAGGCUAUGGCUUAUCAGGAGACGCUUCCCAUAUAACAACUCCUAGAGAGGACGGGACCGGAGCAGUGUUAUCUAUGAGUAGAGCUCUGCGUGACAGCAAUAUUGACAAGGAAAAGAUAACUUACAUCAAUGCUCAUGCCACAUCCACUCCUGUUGGUGAUGGAAUUGAAUCGACAGCAAUCAAAUCUCUAUUCCAGAAGCAGAGCUCUAAUAUCUCUGUAUCAUCUACUAAGGGUGCUCAUGGUCACUUGCUGGGGGCAGCAGGCAAUCUGGAAGCUGUCUUUACUGUGCUCACUUGCCACCAUGGAAUAUUACCUCCAACCUUGAACUUGGAUGAUGCUGUUGAUGACUUAAAUUAUGUAUCCAAGGUAUCUAAACCUUGGCAAGCAGAAAAGAGAAUAGCCCUAAAAAAUUCCUUUGGCUUUGGAGGCACAAAUGCCACACUCUGUAUAGCUCAGUUAUGAUAAGUUCUAGUGAUAAGCAUUAAUAAUAAUAUAUUAUAUUAGGCAUUUAUAUCACACAUUUAAAUGGUAUUCUUAUUCCUUUCCUUUCCUCUGUACUGUCGGAUGGAAACUAAAUUAAAACACAUAUUUCUUGCAUUACAAUUGAUAUAUUUUAAAACUGAGUUACAAAUUUCUGAUUUGAUAACAAUGACAAAACUGCCAAGGUAAAUCCUAAACGCUGGCUUUCAGUUAACUCCUGAUAACGAGCAAUAUUUUAUUCAUCAUGUACACUCAGCGUCAAAUACUCUGUAGCAGUCAAAGUAGCCAAAUAGUUCGGUACACCAUACUAAAUAUAUGGUGUACCGAACUAUUUGACUACUUUGGUUGCUACAAAGUAGUUGAUGCUGAGUGUACACUCAAGUUC